AUGCUGGAAGAUGAAGUCAUAGAGCAAGCAGUAACAGAACAGUCCAAGAAGCAGCGUGUUAAAUUGAUUCUGGCCUUCAAUGAAGCGGGUCCAACUGUUGGCGAUAUUGAUGGGGAUGGUCAUACUGAGCUUGUUGUGCCAACACUGUCUGGGAAGAUUCAUGUUCUUGAUGGCAGGGAUGGGUAUAGCAUGGUCUUGGCAGACAAUGUUGAUGGUGGGGAUGAUCUGGAUCUAAUUGUCACAACUAUGAAUGGCAAUGUCUUCUGCUUCUCAACUCCAUCUCCGCAUCAUCCCCUAAAGGCAGGAUAUGCAUGGAGAUUGCCUAGUCAAGGAAGAAACAAUGUUGCAAAUCGGUACAAUCGUGAAGGUAUAUUUGUCACUCAUCCUUAUAGGACAUUCCGUGAUGAGGAAGGCAAAAAUUUUUGGGUGGAAAUUGAGAUUGUAGAUAAUUACAGAUACCCAUCUGGGCAUCAAGGACCAUACAAAGUCACUACAUCCUUAUUAGUACCUGGGAAUUACCAAGGUGAGAGAACAAUAAAGUUGAACAAUACCUACGAUCAACCUGGGAAAUAUCGGAUUAAGCUGCCAACUGUGUCAGUGAGGACAACGGGAACAAUUUUGGUUGAGAUGGUUGACAAAAAUGGUGGAUACGGUGGUGAUUUGAAUGCAUGA